CAAUUAUUACAUGUAUAGUGUAAUUGGGGACCCUUUUCUUUUAUUUAAGAGCGACUUGAUCUAUCUAUCUAUUUGCAGUCUUCUAUUGCAUUCAUUCAAAUAAUCAAAAUCUUUUGAAAAAAAAGUGUCAAUUUUGCAAAAUUACAAUGGCUACCCUCGUUGCCCCUGAUCAUGCUGAUCCCAUUGCUGAUGCUGAAGCUCUUAGAGCUGCUUGUGAAGGAUGGGGAACUAAUGAGAAGGGAAUUAUCGAAAUCAUCGGUCACAGAACUGCAGCCCAGUUGAAACUGAUUAAGGAAGCAUAUGAAGAGAUGUACAGUGAAAAUCUUAUGAAGCGAUUUGAGAAAGAGCUUUCUGGUAACUUUGAGAAAGCAGUAUACCGAUGGAUGUUGGACCCAUGUGACCGAGAGGCAGUUCUAGCUCAUAAUGCUUUGAAGGAAAAGAAAUUCGGAGUUAUCAUUGAAAUUUCAUGCAUCCCAUCUUCUGAUGAACUGUUGGCAAUCAAGAGAGCUUAUCAAGCUCGAUACAAGCAUAGCUUGGAAGAAGAUGUUGCUUCUCAUUUCUCCGGUGAUCUGCGCAAGCUGCUACUUCUGCUGGUUAGUGUUUACAGGUACGACUCAUAUGAGACUGAAGUCACAGACCCAAAGUUGGUCGAGGCAGAUGCUAAAAUUCUUGAAGAUUGCUUCAAAGAUAAGGAAUAUAACCAUGAUGAGGUCAUUAGGAUCCUGACUACGAGGAGCAAGGCUCAUCUCGUUUCAACUUUCUUUCGCUAUGAUAAUAUCAGUGGCACUCCCCUUGUUGAGGUUUUGGAUUCUGAUAAGGAAUUUGUCGUAGCACUUCAAGCUGCUAUUCGAUGCAUCAAGUGCCCUCAGGAGUACUUGGAGCAGGUUCUGACUGACGCGCUAAUGAAGCAUGGAACUGAUGAGGAUGCACUGACUAGAGUCAUAGUUACAAGGGCUGAGAAGGAUUUGGGAGAGAUUAAGGAGCGAUUCCACCAGAGGCACAGUAAGACUCUUGAGCAAGUUGUGGCCAAGGAGACUCACUGGGACUACGAGCCCUUCCUCCUUGCUUUGCUCGGAAAGCAGGAUCAUUAAGCAAGAUUAAACAUAUGACAGUAUCAGUGUUAUCAUUGUUGUCGUCUCUGUUAUGAGUGUGUAUCUUUUCUUUUGGCUUGUUUUGUGGCCAAUCUAAGCGGCUUUGAUGUUGCUGAGAGAUUUUAUAAGGCUUUGUGCAGUCUAUGUAUUGCUACAAGGCUCUUUGUGCUAUGUAUUGCUGAGAAUAAUAUCAUUUGAGUGUUAAUCCCUUCAAUGAAUUUGGCGUAGCAUCAGUUAAAUUUCA